CUACCUCUUGCAUCGUUUGGGUAAUCAAGCUUUCUGAAAAACCCUAAAAAUUCGUCACAGUUCGGUGAUGCCCAAGCUCAAGGACAGUGCCUAAGGUUGAAUUCUUCAAAAAAUGCUGGUAGGAAUCUUUCACCACCUGCGCAUGAUUCCCGGAUCCGUUCCUCAUCAAGUUUUCGAUCACCAUGUCGAGAUAUUUGAUGCUGGGGAAUCUAAAGAAGGCAGCUCGUUCACAUAUGACAAGCCACAGACUGAGCCAUUUAGAAGCAAAGAAGAGCGGGACAACUGUUGCAGUAGGGCCUCUCUUUCAUAAUAAAUUGUUCUCACAUUAUAGUUUUUUAUCCAGAGGACAUACAUCCUUCCCAUCGUACUGCACAAUGAGAAGAUUUUGCUCGACUGGUAACUGCAGAAGUUUUGGUUCCUUCACGGCCAGUAAUGUUGUUAAACAUCAUGCUCACUUUGUUCGGAAAAGACUCCCCUAUAAAUUUUCUUAUGAUGGCCGUACUCUUCCCCCCAUAAAUAAAGUUGCUCAAGCAGUUAUCUUGGCCAUUUCUCGUUCUUACUUGAUAGUUCCUGGUAUGUUUGCUUUUACAUGUGGAGAGCUAGCAUUUGCUCAAAGAACAUUCUCAAACACAGACCACUAUCCAUCUCACAGUUCUUUCUACAUCCGUGCACAAGAUGGACCUGCCUAUGUGAUUUCGCUACUACUAUCUACAUUAGAAGUUCUGAUAUUGUUACUUAGAGCCCUUUAUUUGGCAAUCUUGUUCUCACCUACCAUAGUGAUGGCUCCAUUUGCGGAUGCCUUUGGAUAUAGCUUCAGGAGACUCUGGCUUCAACUUGUUCACCGUUCACUGGAAAAAGGUGGUCCAGCAUUCAUUAAAUGGGGUCAGUGGGCAGCAACAAGGCCAGAUCUCUUUCCUAGAGACUUAUGCAUCAAGUUAUCGGAACUUCACACUAAAGCUCCUGAGCAUAGCUUUUCCUACACGAGGAAAACUGUUGAACGGGCAUUUGGUAGAAAGCUUUAUGAGAUAUUUGAGAGAUUUGAAGAGAAACCUAUUGCAUCUGGAAGUAUCGCUCAAGUACAUCGAGCUUAUUUGAAAUUUCGUUACCCCGGUCAACCAAUGAAGCCUAUGUUAGUUGCUGUAAAAGUUAGACAUCCAGGUGUUGGUGAAUCCAUUAGGAGAGAUUUCAUUAUAAUUGACUUGGUAGCAAGAAUCUCAAAAUUUAUUCCUACACUCAAGUGGUUGAGAUUGGAUGAAAGUGUGCAACAAUUUGCUGUUUUUAUGAUGUCUCAAGUUGACCUUGCAAGGGAAGCUGCUCACUUGAGCCGCUUUAUUUAUAAUUUUAGACGGUGGAAGGAUGUUUCAUUUCCAAAACCCGUGUAUCCACUUGUCCAUCCUGCUGUUUUAGUGGAGACUUAUGAACAAGGUGAAUGUGUUUCACACUAUGUUGACGAGCUCGAGGGAAAUGAAAGAAUCAAGUCUGCAUUGGCACACAUUGGGACUCAUGCACUUCUAAAAAUGCUUCUGGUGGACAACUUUAUACAUGCAGACAUGCAUCCUGGAAAUAUCCUUGUCAGGGUCCAUGAAAAGUCCUCUAGGAAGCGACUCUUCAAGUCAAAGCCUCAUGUUGUUUUCCUUGACGUAGGCAUGACUGCUGAACUUUCUGGAAAUGAUAGAGUAAAUUUACUUGAAUUUUUUAAGGCUGUUGCCCGAAGGGAUGGCCGCACUGUUGCUGAGUGCACCUUGAAACUAUCAAAGCAGCAAAAUUGCCCUGAUCCGAAGGCAUUUAUUAAGGAAGUGACAGAGGCAUUUGCUUUCUGGGCUACUCCAGAAGCCGAUCUAGUUCAUCCUGCUGAAGCCAUGCAGCAAUUACUGGAGAAAGUGAGGCAUUACAGAGUCAACAUUGAUGGAAAUGUCUGCACCGUGAUGGUCACGACGUUGGUUCUUGAGGGUUGGCAGAGGAAGCUGGAUCCUGAAUAUAAUGUGAUGCACACACUGCAAACUCUUUUACUAAGAGCUGAUUGGGCGAAGUCUCUUUCCUACACAAUUGAAGGAUUGAUGGCCCCGUAGGAUGGUUUCUGGCUGUGUCUGCUCCAACAAAACAAUUUUGACAAUGUAAAGGCGAAAUUAUAUGCACACCAACACCAUUCAAGUUUUGUCUUGAAUUCACAUCAUUUUCCCACUAAGCUUUAGCCCUUUUCCUUUUUUUUUUUUAUAAUUUUUGUUAGCUCAAAAUUGAGGGAAAAAGCGGUAGAUGUGAGUGACAGUAAAGCAAAUAAUGUGGUAAUACAAACCCCAAUUCUUUUGAUUAUAAUGUGCUUCCCAAUGUAAAGUUAGAAUCUUUUUGCUCCUGCUAAACAGAAGUAACAGGGAAAGCAUCACUUUCAUAACUGUACCUCAUCGUUUACAUCUGUUUCUGCACGUGGCUUUUCAAUACUUCUCUUGCUUGUUCGUACCAUGUACUUCAAUUGACUUGAGUAGAAUUGUCAUUAAUUUUGUUCA